AUGGCAGCAUCAAGUAGAGGCCAGAAGGCUUUUCAAUUCAUCUCCAGGGCAAAUCCGAGAUUGACGCCGAAAUGCUCGAUACGACGAUAUCCCGUCUCUGUGCGAUGCUACUCGUCGCCCUCUAUUGAUCAAUCCUCGAGCCAACCCUCCUCCCCUCCGCCCCCUACCACAACCCGGCCGCCGCCCGUCGAGCCCGCAUCUAUCCCCAAGGACAAUGUCCGCUACCUUAUCAAGGGCGGUGUCAUCCUCACCCGUCCACCGCUUCUCACAAAGGAGGAGACUCCCUUUGAGAGCUCAUACUACUUUUAUCAAAAGAGGCUCAACGAACGCCUCGUCCUCCCCUUUAGCCAAAAGGCGUUUUUCAAGCGCGACACGCCUCCGCAGCUCGAUUGGUCCAUCAAACUCAAGGAGCGCAACGGCGUCGUGGCGCGAGAGAUUGGCCAAUACAACGGCCGGUCGGCGACCGCGUGGGACGACGAGUUGAGGGUCGGGGAUAAGCUUUCGAGCCCGGAAACGUUGAUGAACAUGCUGCUGAAGGAUGCGGAGCAGAGGACGGAAGCGGAUAAGACGAACGAUGUGAAGAGGCUCGACCGCAAGCUCGACCGCACACUGUACCUGGUUGUGAAGACUAAGGAUGGCAAGUGGGAGUUUCCUACGGCACCUGUCACGACGGAUGAAGCACUUCACGAGACUGCUCGCCGAGCACUCGACGAUUCGGCCGGUGUCAAUAUGAACACAUGGCUCGUAGGCCGUGUCCCCGUGGCGCAUGUCGUCAACAAGCCUGUCGUCGGUACGGAUGGAACGGAGACCCAGCGUGGGGUCAAGUCAUUCUUCAUCAAGGGCAGGAUCAUGGCGGGCCAGGCAGACUUGGCAAGCAACAAGUUUGGCCUGCAGGACUUCCAGUGGCUAACGAGGGAGGAGCUCAAGGAGACGCUGACCCCCGAGUACUUCCACGGUGUACGAAACAUGAUGGCCGAUAGGUAA